UGAGACUUUAGCGUGCGUGUGCGUGCGUGCGCGCGCUCUUCCUCCCUCCACCUCUGCCUGGCUGUCAGCUUGCCUCGACCACGUAGCAGCUUCCUGGCAGCGGCAGCAGCUUGUGUACUGUCCUCACUCUGACACACACACGCGCGCAGUCAGUAUCAGUAGCCCAUGUAGAACCACGUAGCACCAGCUUUGGAUUUUAACCAGCAACAGCAGCGGGAGCGGCAAUGGAUCUCUUUGAAUUCGACUUUUUCAGAGACUGGGAGCUGGAACAACCAUGUCAUCUAGAGACAGAGCGCAGUGCCCUGAAGAGGAGAGAAUGGGAGAGGAGGAACCAGGAGGUCCAACAGGAUGAAGACUUGUUCUCUACGGGUUUCAACUUGUUUGGAGAACCGUAUAAAACUAAUAAAGGUGAUGCGUUGGCCAGUCGUGUCCAGAACACGCUGGGUUCCUACGAAGAAAUGAAAGACCUUUUAACCAGCCAUUCCAACCAAAGUCACUUGGUAGGAAUACCCAAAGGCAACAACAAUCUCCAAACCCCGACCACUUCAACUUCAGAGAGACCCACCAUGGAGCCUCAGCUUUUCAACGAAACUCUGAGAGGAGGAAUAGGAGGAGGUGGAGGAGCAGAGGGAGGUGGGGACAAAAGAACAGGAAAUGCACCUGCACCUUCAUCUUCGACUUCCAUGCAGCCUCCUGCUUCAGCCACAACAUCUUCGAGCACCACGACUCUCCCACAUCAGAACUCAAAAAAAUCUCGAAGCUCCAUAGAUUGGUCAAGGGGAGGCCACGGACAGAGUACACAAGGACCAGGCCUUGUUCUGGGGCUAGGGCAGAAUGGGCAGGGACAGGUCACAGGAGGAACCACAGGUGGCAGGGGGAAAAUGUCUUUAUUAGAGGAACAGCAAAUGCAAAGACAUGAAGAACUGUUUAGCUCACUGAAAGAUGACCUUGGUUUAAAAGGAGAUUCAAGCCCUUCUUCACCCUCUUCAUCCUCCUCUUCCUCUUCUUCUUCUUCUAGAAGGCACUCUUCCCACACCUCCAAAGCUCUUCCUCUCCCAGAUGGUGGCAAUUUUCGAUCUUCCACCAUUGAGGGUGGCCAUUUUAAGCCUUUCCCUAACACAGAAAAUUGUGGACAUUUUAAAUCCUCCCCAUUUGAAAAUGAGACAUGUUCUCACCUGUCAACAUCCUCCUCCCCGCUGGCUUCCACGUCAGUUCUGACUACGCCUACUCCUGGUCUAACCACUCCCACAUCCGGACUGACUACCCCCACCUUUCCACCUGGUAGCCUAUCGGGAAAGCCGAUCGCAGUGCAGCAGAAGCCCACGGCGUAUGUUCGCCCAAUGGACGGCCAGGACCAGGCACCUAGUGACUCUCCCCAGCUGAAACCCCCUCUAGUGGUCACAGAGGGAUUCAACAGCAGUCAAGCUUACAGUGGGAACUCUGGAAAUGUGAAGAAUAAACUGCCAAAACUGAGUCUCAGCCACACAGGGGAGGUCAGCCUACCAAGUGACUCCAGCUGUGUGGAAGAGAUUUUGCGGGAAAUGACCCAUUCCUGGCCUCCUCCUCUCACAGCCAUACACACUCCUGUGAAGGCUGAUCAGACCAAGUUCCCCAUCCCAAGCAAGGAGGCACAGCACGCGACCUCAGGCUACAACAACCAGAAGCGAUGUACUGUGUCAGCCAACAAGCCUGCUGCUAAACCACCAACUGCACCACAGAAGUCAAUGUUGGAGGAUGACCUGAAGAUCAGCAGUGAUGAGGAAGAAGCUGAACAACAGGUGUCUGACAAGCCCAAAGCCAGAGGCACAGCCCUAAGCGGUGCAUCAGGGAGCAGCAGUGAAUCAGAGAGCAGUUCUGAGUCAGACACUGAUGAAUCAGAGAGCAGCUCCAGCGACAGCGAGUAUAACCAGGCCUCCCGCACAAACACUCCAGAGCCUGAGCCCCCCUCCACCAACAAGUGGCAGCUGGACAGCUGGCUGAACAAAGUCCAAGCUCAAACUAAACCGCUGGUUCCCGCACAGCAAGAGCAUCAUGGAACAGGCUCCAUCACCCAGGGUCCUGAGACUUUCUCUCCAGGGAGUGAAGCACCAGGAGUGGGAACAACUGCAAAGACCAAGCCCUGCGGAUCCAACAGCACCCCUGUUCCAGCUGCGCCAACAGUGGAGCACAAGGAUACGAAGGGAGCUUUCUGCACAGGCAGGGAGAAGGCCAAGGCCAAGCUCAGCCAGAAGGCCUCAGGGGAGAGCCAGAGGUCGAAAAUGAGGCUUUCACCAGGCCUGUUGUCAGGGCCAGAAGUCACAACCCCGAGGAGGAACACCACAGGGAAGAAACAGCCCAGGCGGACAGAGAGGUCAAACAGUGUGGAGGAUAAUCAGAACCAGACAUGGAACAGAGCAAACCAGCACAGCCCUGCAGCGAGGGAGAAGGACCUGUUGCCUCCCCCCUCCCUGGAGCAUCAGAAUCAACCGAGGCCACGAAACAAACCCCCCAGUGGGAAAACAGCCCCCAGGAAAGAACCUCGCAGUGCUACCAACUCAAACAACAACACAGUUACUCCACCAGCAGCGCUACAGCAAACCCCUGUGCCAAUCCCUGCUGUCAGUGUAAACCAGCAGGAUAAGAGGAAACACAGAGGCCCGAGCACAAGAAUCACACCCAAGUCACGCGAAUUCAUCGAGACAGAUUCCUCCUCCUCCUCAGAAUGCCAGUCGGAUUCGGAGGAAACCAUCAAAAUCCCUGCUCUGCCACCUCAGGCAACACGCUCUGCAAUUAACACACAGACACUGUCCAGCACAAACAUACACGCGCCUCUUCUCCCAUGCCUUGGCUCCACUGGCAGCGCAGGGAGUCUGGGGACAUUUGGAGGAAAAGGACUUCGAGUCAAAGAUGGCAGCACUGUGGCCACUAAUGGAAGCAGCAGUAGUAAUAGUAGCAGCAGCGGCAGCAGUAAUGGCAUCACUGGCAGCUGUAACUCCCUAAGCAUUAGCAACAUCAGCAGUUCAUUUGGUACCUCUGUUCCUGAUCCCGGAGGGUUAGGAGGACAGUGUAAGGAUCUGGAGUCCAUGUCACCACCUUCCAACCUGGGACAUGAGGUGCCUCUCUCCCCUUUGAGGGAGUACCAAGAAAUCCAGAGUUUAUGGGUGAAAAUUGAGCUGAGUUUGCUCAGCAGGGUGCCUGGCCAGGGUUUGGGAGAAAGGUCAAGAGUGGGAAUGACAGAGAGGGAUGGAAGUGAAGGCAGAGACAGAGAGAGACAGGGAGAGAGGACAGGCAUGGCAGAGAGAGAACGACAGAAGCAGGAAGACAGAGAAUGGCCCGGACUGAGAGAAAGACAGAAGUUAACAAAAGGGGAGAGGCAGGAGGAAGAAAAUGAGAGAUUAGUGCAGGACAGAGAGAGACAGGGUGACAGAAUAACAGAGAGAGACAGGCAGAUGGAUAGAGAGGACAAAGAGAGAUUUGGGCUUGGAGAGAGGGAGAGGACAAUGGUGAAGGAGAGAGAGAAGGUAUGCCAAGGUCUGGGGGUCCUAGACAACCCGCCUGUGCAAGAGCAGAGUAAUCCCAGGCUGGCCGGGAGGACGGAGAGAGGAGAGAACGGAGGUAAACACAGGAGGCAAGCAGCUGCAAAUAUGGUGAUCCCAACAGAGAAACACACCAGCAAGAGCAAGCGAAAGCACAAGUUGGACCACGUUGAAUCUUCAGCCAACAGCAAUAAGAAGCUGCGACUGGACAAAGACUGUCAGCUCCUCCCACCCUGCAUCUCUCCAAUACACAACCACAAGAACAGCUCCACAGAUGGCUCUCUGAACAGGAAGCAGUUUCGACGGCAUGAUGAGAAGCUGCUCCCUCCCCUCCUGUCCCCCCUCUCUGCUGAUUCCCCUCGGAAACGGACCUGUGACAGUGGUUCCUCUCUCAACCAGGAGGGCAGCGCUGCUGGGAUUCUGCCCUGCUCCACCUCUUCUACUUCUGCCUCUUCUUCCUCACACAGACACAGGAGGGGUGAGGGCAAGGCGUUGUCACAUGCAAGAAAUGUUAGUGGAAUGGAGCCCCACACUGAGAAGCUGUGUGGAGACGGUUACCAUGCCAACGGACAGUCAGACUCGGAGGUGUGGUCGGAGCCACUGAUGGAACCUGCAGAACCUCGCAGGCCGAGAUUGUCAUUCAGUGACACGGUCCACAGUGCAGACUACUACAUGCAGGAGGCCAAGAGACUGAAGCACAAGGCUGAUGCUCUGAUGGACAAAUUUGGUAAAGCAGUGAACUACGCAGACGGCGCCCUCUCCUUCAUAGAGUGUGGAAAUGCCAUGGAGCGGGAUCCACUGGAGGCCAAGUCACCUUAUACCAUGUACUCUGAAACUGUGGAGCUCAUCAGGUAUGCCAUGAGGUUGAAGAACUUCACCAGCCAUUCAGCCACCGUCGCUGAAAAGAAACUCGCUGUGUUGUGUAACCGCUGUCUAUCUCUGCUGUAUCUGAGGAUGUUUCAUCUAAAGAAAGACCAUGCUGUCAAGUACUCACGGUCGCUCAUGGAGUACUUCAAGAAUUCAGCCAAGAGCUCCCACCAAGCACCUUCCCCCUGGAGGACCAACGGGAAGGUCAAUGGGACUCCAUCUCCCCUCUCAUUCAGCCCCUCCCCAGCCAGCAGCGGAGGAGGAGGAGGAGGAGGAGGAGCACCAGGGUCAUCGGGCAGCGUGGCUAUUCCCCAGCGGAUUCAUCACAUGGCUGCCAGCCAUGUUAACAUCACCAACAACAUCCUGCGGAGCUAUGAACACUGGGAGACGGCUGACAGACUGGCCACAGAGAGCCAAGAGUUCUUCCAGGAGCUGGACUCAGUGAUGGAGCCAUUGAGUCAGCAGAGCAGCAUGACUGAGCUGGUCCGAUACAUCAGGCAGGGACUGCACUGGCUCCGCAUAGAGGCGCACCUGCUGUAAAGACUGGACCAGAGCCAAAUUUAAACUAAAAAGAAACGGGCCUGGGAGCUAGAACUGGGAUAACAAGUGAGAUGAGACUCAGGACGAUGCUUCUGUUCCCACUGAGAUCAUUCACAUGACCCAGCACCAACCACUGUAAUGUAAUGGCGUAGACUGGGUGGAUUAAUUGGGCUGAAAUUCACCUGCAAUUAGGACUGAACAGUGACUACGUUUGGGAAUUUCAGCUGCAAAUCACAAAUUACAAAUUAGCAAAUUAAAAAAUUUGGCUGAUGCUGCUUUUUGGAUUGAGUAGUUUCAAUUCCUGGAGGGACCAGAGAUGGUACAAACUUCUCUGCGUUCCUAAAUAGAAAUAAGCACCAGAGAGGAAAGGUAAAAAGUGUUUAAACUAGACAGGAUCAUUUUCAAAAAGAUGUGCGAGAGGCUAAUGUGAUUAAGGAGGCUGAAGGUAAGAAGGCAGCUCAGCAGAGGCUCAUCUCCUCCAGCAGUGGCCUAGAAACGUGUCUUUGAUUGGGACUAGAAUUAAAGCCUCUGGCUGAUAUUGAUCCAAGUGGAAAAGUACCGGUCCAAUCCAACAGAUAAGGGCCAUGCUGGUAAAGAGGCUCAGCUUCGACUACUAAAGCCCAAUUAAUGGAGGCACAAGCUUCUCUUUCAGUCCAUCUUUGGUCUUUAGGGACAGAUCCUCCAAAACAAAAUCUGCAGCCAGUAUUAUGCAUCACUUUGGUAGUUUAACAGCAUCAUUUCUGAAAAGUCGCCUUCUGUGGUUGACAAGUCAGUCAUAUCUAAAAUUUUUAAAGUUAUAAUCUUUAAGAUUUUGAUAAUCUCAAACUUAGUGUUUGGCAUUAAAUGUAUUUAUACUCAUUAGUUAGCCUUUCUAUAUAUGACGCUUUGUCAUUGGCAGAGUCCAUCAUUGUGAUAGAUUCAUACACGUGAGGGAUCCACAGGUAACAACUUGUGUAAGUAGUGGAAAAAAUCUGGAAGACAAAACGGGUGCAUGUGCACACUGCACAUAAAUCUGGGCCCAUGUGACACUGGAAUGAAACUUGACAAGUUUUCAGUACAGACACAUUUUAGCAUGAAACAUAUUGAGGCUUGAUACCCAGUGCUCUCUCUAAAUGAUGAAUGUAGAUGCCUCCAGUUUAGGGCAGUGACACUAACAUUUUUAAAGCUUUAACCGCAUCUUUGAGUACGAUUUCUUUGCUUUAUCCACUUGCUAUUGAGCAAUCCAAGCUGUAUAUGACCUGCAUCAGUGGUUUGUUUAAUAUCUAAGAGCCUGUCAGUGCAUUUGAUUCAAGAUAAGAUCGUUAAGAUGUCUCUAGCUAGAGUGAGGGUUACAAGACCUGGUCAAGUCGCAGUCCAGGGAGUUAACAGCUCAGCAGCACUCAGUUCACUGGUCCUGCAAAUGAGGGCCAUCAAGUCAAGCGUUUGUCUCGUUCUUCUCUUACUGGUUAAGGGCUUUUGUGAAAUUCCACUCAGUUCUAGUUCCCAUAGUAACCCACCCACUAAGGUGUUGAACACUUACAAGGGGGAAAAAACUACAAGAUUCAGUAUGUUUUGGCUCUAAAUAUGCCCCCACCCACGUGCAGAUCAAGUAAACAGGGUGAAGAGCUCAUGCUGGCUUUUCCGCCCUGAAGUCAAAACCUCUGCAACUUUGUGCAUCACUUAAUGAGAUCAAAUCAUCUGCUGGAUAUCCUGUAGUCAUUUCCCAAUGUGUCGUGUUGUGUUGUUAGUACGUGUACGUGUACAGCUGAUUGUCAAGUCUGUUUAAAUCAUUACCUGACUGGACAAUAUUAUGAUAUUUGUGUACCAUAAUGUACAGACUGUGACUCCCGAAAACAGUGUUUGUUUUUGUUUUAUAGUGUCUUGUGAAAGACUGAAUGUGAAUGAAUGAGGAUGUGAAACAAGAAAAUAGGGGAUUUAUACAGUAUACAGCCAGUUUAUUAGGUACACCAAGUAAAAACUAAUGCAGUCUAAUCCAACAGUCCUGUAGAAAAUUCUCCUUCCAAUAAAGUGAGCAUGUUCAGUUUCUGUUCAAUCUGCUGCAGAUGCGUGUGUCUACACAGAGCUGAUUUUGUUUAUUGAUAUAAAUGGGGUGGACAAAAUAACAGGAACACCUGUCAGUAUGACAUUGUACAGUUCAUCCUCUACAGUGAUCACACAGUUGAAUCAACAUCCCUCUGAAACAGAUCCUGAACAUUGCCACACUCAUGACAGAGGAUUUAUUGCAGAACUGUUGUAUUAGACUGCACUAGUUUUAGCUUGAUGUACCUAAUAAAGUGUGUAUAUAAGUGUGUGUGUGUAUCCAUGCACAGACCAUAGCUGCAUUUACACAGCACCAAACAUAAUCUGAUUUUAAAUUUUGUCCAUCCAUCUCCUGUACUACUUAUGAAGGGGCUGGAGCCUAUCCCAGCUGACACUGGGUGAGAGGCGGGGUUCACCCUGGACAGGUCGCCAG